AUGAAGUUUCCCAGUGCCAUAGUCCCGGCCGCAUGGGCUGGUCUUUUACUGCUAGUGCCAGCUGUUUAUGCUGAACCACACUUUAAUUGCAGUGGGGUUAUUCCUUUUACGCUUGCAAGACUUGAAAAUUUUAAAAGACAUGAUGGAUUUUCGGAGGCGAAGCCUGGUGAUCCUAGAGGUCCGAAUGGGGAAGAAUACUUGUCAUACCAAUUUGGCGCGACACCACCAGGUAGAUACUCUACUUCCUACUUGGCUCAAAUAAUCGAUGAAUAUCCCUUUUUCCGAGCCUUUGAGAGAGAUGAACAAGUUUGGGAGCCAUGUAUAUUCCUAAAAACCUUAUAA